AACAUCUCUUUCAGACAAACCUCACCAAUCCAAAGAGCAACAUGUCUGGAGUCAAAGGAGGUCAUGGCCAUCAGAGCCAGCAAUGCCAACAAGGACACCAGGGCCACCAUGGAGGACAUGGACAGGAUGGUCACCAUGGAGGUCACGGCCAGCAGAGUCAGCAAUCCCAACAAGGACACCAGGGCCACCAUGGAGGACACGGUCAGGGUGGUCACCAUGGCGGUCACGGACAGCAGAGUCAGCAGUGCGAACAAGGACACCAGGGCCACCAUGGAGGACACGGUCAGGAUGGUCAUCAUGGAGGUCACGGCCAGCAGAGUCAGCAGUGCCAACAAGGUCAGCAGGGUCACCAUGGUGGUCAUGGUCUUCAGAGCCUGACUCAGUGUCAUGAUCCCUGCCAACAACAGCAAGGUGGACACCAUGGCUCAUGGAGCUCUGGACAGCAGUGCCAGGACCAAGGAGCCCACGGUCAGAAAUAAGGUGUUUGCCAGGAAGAAGAUUCAUUAAGAUUUAAGAAGAGUUUGCGGCGUUCGAUUUGCAGCCAAAUAUUAAUCGUAAAUGCUAUGGAAUAAAUAAAUAAAUAAAUAAAUACAUUAUUACGGCAAAUUGAAA